UUUUUUAUAAUUUCCAACCAGUUUCCAGCUGUGGUGAAAAAAGUACCGCCUGCAGCACUCAGAAGUCCGAGCUUCGGAGGAGCACUUGAAAGCAGCCUAACUUUUCUCCAGACUAUCAUGGUGAAGUUUGUUUCUACUGUAGCAGUGAUUUAGUUUAUCUCCUCACUAAACCUGGUCGAUGUGAGCUCAGCAGCUCAGUUUGUGUUUUAUUGAGGAUGUCAGUGAGUGAACGGUGAGUCAGGAAGAUGAUGAAAGCUCACAGCUGAUGACGGAGGGCGGUGGUUUCCUUUAUUACUUCAGCUCGUAGAUCUUCUUUAACUUGGUUGUUGGAGGAAGUUGUUGACAUGUAGCUGAUCUCACUGAUGGAUGCACACUUCUUCAGAUACAACUGUGUUAUAUGAAACUCUCUGAAGACUAGUUUUUGCUUUUUAAACUCGAGAUUUAACUGUUUUUUUGUUGCAAAAAUGCUGCAAAAGUGUCCCCGUUCCUCCAGCCCGGAGGAGGGUGAAGUGUUCCACCGGAGGAGUCGGUGGAGUUCUGCGGCGGCUGCGGUGCUGCUCCUCGGUAUGUUCGCUUCGACCUGCUGGGCAGAAGAAGCUUCCUGUCACGGAGCCUACGACCUCUACUUCGUUUUAGACAAGUCUGGAAGUGUCUCCGCUGACUGGGUCGAGAUUUACUCGUUUGUGAGGAACCUCACCGACAGAUUUGUGAGCCCCAGAAUGAGAGUGUCGUUCAUCGUGUUCUCGGCCCAAGCAAAGGUCCUGCUGCCUCUGACUGGAGACAGGUAUGAGAUAGAAGAGGGUCUGAAGCGCUUGCGGGAGGUGAAACCAGCAGGUGAAACCUACAUGCACGAGGGAAUAAAAGCGGCCUCAACUCAGAUACGGGCCCAAACCACCAAGUCGUCCAGCAUCAUCCUGGCUUUGACGGACGGGAAACUUGACGUUUACAUUCACGAGCUCACAAUAAAAGAGGCUGAGGAGGCGAGGAAAUAUGGCGCCCGUGUUUACUGUGUGGGUAUCAAGGACUUCGACGAGCAGCAGCUCGCUGAUAUUGCGGACACCAAGGACCAAGUGUUUCCUGUCAAAGAUGGCUUCCACGCACUCAAAGGCAUCGUCAAUUCUAUAUUAAAGCGAUCGUGCACAGAGAUCCUGAGUGUGGAGCCCUCCAGUGUCUGUGUGAACCAGUCCUUCGACAUCGUCCUCAGAGGGAACGGCUUCGCUAUCGGCCGCAGCAACGAAGGCGUCGUCUGCAGCUUCAUAGUCGACCAGCAGACCUUCACUCAAAAGCCGAGCAUUGUGCGUAAUGACUAUCUGCUGUGUCCUGCACCGAAGCUCUAUGAAGUGGGACAGACUAUGGACGUUUUCAUCAGUCUAAACCACGGCAAGUCCUUCAUCUCCAGCGCCUACACCAUCACUGCCUCCACCUGUUCGAAUGGUUUUGUGAUUGCGAUCGUCUUCCUGGUGCUGCUGCUCCUCGUCGCUCUGGCCCUCAUGUGGUGGUUCUUUCCUCUUUGCUGCAAAGUGGUCAUCAAAGACCCGCCGCCGCCUCCUCCACCUUCCCGUCCUCCACCACCUGAGCCGGAGCAGCUGUCCAAGAUGAAGUGGCCAACUGUGGACGCCUCCUACUACGGAGGAAGAGGAGCUGGAGGGAUCAGACGCAUGGAGGUGCGUUGGGGCGAGAAGGGCUCGACCGAGGAGGGGGCCAGGCUGGAGAAAGCCAAGAACGCCGUCGUGUCCAUACCAGAGGAUGUAGACGAGCCGAUGAUCAGACGUCCACCCCCGAAGGCCGCCCCCACCCACCAUCAAAACCAGAACAAGUGGUACACUCCCAUCAAGGGUCGUCUGGACGCUCUGUGGGCUCUGCUGGGGCGGCAGUACGACCGAGUUUCCCUCAUGCGACCCACAGACGCAGACAAGGGUCGGUGUAUUAAUUUCAGCCGUGUGCAGCGUCAGUAGGAGAGAAGAGAAGAGAAGAAGAGAAGGACGACGGUGUGUAAACCAACCAUGUGCUGAUCGCUGAGGACCACAGAAGGAGAAUUCCAGUUUGUUUUUAUUGAAGAUCUUUCCGUCCUGCAGCUGAAACCACUAUCUGUUCACUCCGCUCUACUAUAAGCACAAAGUUUCCCUUUCUGGUUUCCUGCUCACCGGGUGAAAUGUUAAUAUCUUAUUCAUUAAGUUAUUUUCUACCUUUUUAUAUAUGAGACCAUUUUUUUAAAUUAAGAAAAAAAAAAGCAUCCCAGAACUCUUUCCCAACAUAUUCUGACCAUAUUGUGCCUUCUGUGAAAAACCUAAUUUCACGGACACAGACGGAAGCUAUCUAAAGAAAAAAAAAAAAAAAAAAAAGCUGGAGGAAGGGGGCUGUUUGCCGUUGGCGUGGAAGUCGGAAUAAUCCCAGUGGGCCUCACAAGUGCAGAAGUCCGUUGCCUCUUGGCAAUGUCUCAUCACAGAUCCUCUCCAACUUCAGCGGCGCUGCACGCCCGCCGGCCGCCCUCUGACUGGCUCAUCUUGUCAUUUUAACACUGAGAAGUGCACACGCAUGACAAAUUGUAGACAGGAUGCCCCCGAGGUAUUGGACGGCACCGAGACUUUGCCCUGUAGUUUUAUCGUUGUUGUGUUUUUUGUUUUUUUUAAGACACCUUCCCUUUCAUUAUGCACUCAGGACAAGAAAAUUAAUAGAGCGUUAUUCGACCGCAGGACCAAGGAGGAUCUCCAGCUACGUUUGAGGGAUUGAUGCCUUCAAGACCUUGACAUGGCGCUUGGUGUUUUUUGCCCCUGUUUUUCAGCGCAGUCUGCUCUCUGCUCAGCAAGGCGUAGCACAUCACCGCCCAUAAACAGGCCCAUCAGUUAGGACUUUUUAAGAUAUAGAUACGGCGGCCGCCGCAAUGCUCCUCGGCUCCCACCGUCUUAAUCCUCCGAGGGGGCUUCCCGGGCCGCGUCACAACCCACUAGUUCACCAGAAUAUCAAAGUUUAAUUAAAAUAAUUAAAGGCAACAGCAAGCAGCAGCCUGUGAAGACCUGGCUGUCUGUUUUUUAUGUCUUUUGACAUUGAAUGACCUAUUACUGCGUUACUCACAGGAAAAAGAGGACACGGCGCCACGGUGACGGUGCGCCACGUCCAAAACGCAAACCCAAAGUAACGGAUGCGAUGGACGGAUAAGUAUUGUUCAUUUCCAGAAAUUAUGUCCCACCCCCCCUCUCUCUCUCUCCUCCACCCCCAACUGCCUCACCCCCCAAAAAAGCAAAGCAGGGUAUAUAUGUAUUUAUAUAUAUAUAUUGUGGAUUUGUCAAGCGCGCUGUCACGACGCCAAUCUCCAAAUGAUGUUAGUGUGAGCGGAAACACUGUGGGGGAGGAAAAGGGGGCAGCAGCUGAAGAAAAAGGCUCGAAUGAUCCAGUCACUUCGGAUACCGUACUUCAGAUGCAAAAUGGAUAUUCGAGUCGAAACCUGACAAAGCGCGGCCGGCUUUGACGGGAAGCGGUAUAGACAAUGACCAGUGGCUGGGUCAGUGGGAUGUCUCCGUGCAAGCAGGGAAGCUUAUCAAAUGACACUAAAAAUAAGUUCAACAACCAUCAAGUUUUGAGGGGGGGAACGGGUCUUGCAUUCGGCGGGCGAGCGCUGCGGGACGGGGGCGGCGCGCAAAACAACGCCGGUCUAAUUAUUAUUCCUUUGUUUCGUCUUCGUCCCGAUCGCAGGGACGUAAAUAAUCCCAAAUCAAAUCCUCGGGGUGUGCUGGUAUUUCUGUCCGACUUAAACGCUUUUAGCCUCUUGCAUAAUUUUUUUUCCCGCUGACAUUUAAUGGGCUCGUCAGCCUCUUUCUGGACCGACGAGGAGAUUUUUAGAUUUUUUUUUUUAAUGUUACAACCAAGAGCAGAGGAACGGUAUUAACCCGACUAAUGAGAUAUUUACAUAGCAGUCACAACACUGCUAAUAACACGUCACCCGUCCCCUCCUCUCCACACAGCGUUACACACCACAGUAUUCACUUUUUAGUGUUGUACAUUUAAAACAAAUUGUUGAAUAUCUUUGUGCCUUUUUUUCAAAUGAUUUAAAAGUAUUUUUUUAUAUUUCUGCACUUGUUAAAUGAGUUUUUUUUAAUCACACAAAAUAGUCAUAAUUGUUGAUAUAUCUUCAUUUCAUUCAUCUCUCAAAAUUACAGAUUAAUUUGCAUGCACUACUUUCUGCUUAGUACAUCAUUAUCAGCUCAUUUACGGUGCAAAACAAAUGUGUAAUUUAUCAUUUUAUAUUCUUUAAAAUUGUACAGUUUGUGCCUUUUUUAUAUCCACGUACAGUUGCACCUUUAAGUCCAGGUUGGAGCCACACAGGCUGCACAUAAUGUGUGUGAGCUGCAACCCAAAAAUAGCAAAAAUCAAAGCCUUUUUUUAUGAGUUUUACACUGUUUUUAUUCUGUUCUUGUUCUACACUGCAGUCUGUUGUGUCAAAUAUACAUUCAAUGAAAAGCAAAGA